UCGAAAUGUCCACCUGGCGCCCCGGCAAACGAGUCGCUAUCGCAGGCGGUGGACCCGGUGCUAUAUCCACAGCGCUGGCAUUCAUCAAGCGUGGCUACGACGUGCGGGUAUUUGAGCGACAAACCGAAUGCCGUGCCAUCGGAGGCGCGGUUCUCCUUUCCAUCCCUGUGCUUGCGAUUUUGCGCUCCUACGGAAUUAGCCUCGAGAACUUCGGAUCCUAUACCUCGACCUACUUCAAGAACAAAUGGGGCAAGGAACGGGCCCUGCUGCCAUUUAAUGAAGAAGUCGAAAGACGGAUGGGCAUCAAGGGUUGGCAAUAUGGCGUCUUGCGUUCAUCUGCUUUUCAGAAAAUGCUCGAUCUUGUCCCCGAUGGCGUCAUUUUCUGCAGUCACGAAGUGACGGGAUACGAGGAGGUCGAAGGUGAGGUGGAAGUCAAGUUCAAGGAUAGCAACAUCACACCCAUAAAGGCCGAUAUCCUAAUUGCAGGAGAUGGUAUUCGGUCCGCCGUUUCGCGUCAGGCAUUUGGUGACCCGCAUCUGUUCCACACAGGCAUCCGGCUUUGGCUCGCGUGGUGUGAUCACAUCCCUGGGAUUCCUGCCAACACUGGUGUCAUCUCACACGACUGGCAAAACCAAGCGAGCUUCUUUCCUAUGUUACAUGACGGCAAGCCGGGAUUCGAGUGGUGGGUUGUCGAGCCGGGGUGGGAAGGAAAGCCGCUUCCUGAGGAUCGCAAGACCUACGUAGAGAAUAUUCUGCAGGGCUGGUCGGACCCCAUGCGGCAGCUGGUGGAGGCCACUGAUUUCGAUACGCAAACGUGGUCUACUGGGAGGAUCGUGGGUGUGGGAGAUGCGGUGCAUCCUGUUUCGCCAUAUGCGGCGUACGGAAUGGGGAUGGCUGUCGAGGAUGGGUAUUAUCUUGCCAAGGCGCUCGAAGGAGUUGAUCUACGGGAUUCGAGGGCUGUCAGUGCAGGCUUUGAGUUGUUUGAACGACAACGUGUGGACUAUGUAAAUCAUCACAUGGAGUUUGCUCGGUUUUUGAGUUAUGUGUUCCAUAAUUUACCUUGGCCAUUGGCGAAGCUGAGAGACUUGGUGUUUGAUUAUACACCAUUUUUGAGAAUAUUGCUGCAAAAAGAAUAUUUGAAAAGAUCGGAGGAUGAGACAAUGGAUCUGAAGGAGCUUCAUGUCGUUUAAGUGUGUCAGUGUACUAUGGAUUCUUCUCUACUGGUAGUAGACCAGUAGGCUUUGUGUAUAAUGAAGUGUUCUAUUAAUGAUGGAGCCAGAAGCCUCGGCAGAAGCAUACUUGGUACUUAACAGACAUGAUAAGCCAUGAUAUGCUCUUUGUCUUCAAGAGUUCAGACUAAUCCGCGCAGGUCUCUCUAUUCUUCGACAUCCACAAUGCGAGGACUGGCCUGGUUCGGUGCGUGGAAAUAGCGGCCACACGGAGAUCACUGACCCACCCAGAAAAAAGGUUACUGACUCUUUUGUACUAUUCAAUCUUUGCAAGAGCUUCAAGAUGGACACGUCUACCGAGAAGGAUCAACAAGGUGUC